GGGAGAGUUGUCGGUCCAUGACAUGAAUGAACCAUGUUCGGUAACGGAGGCUCAGCUCUCCCGGUCUGCUCCUUCCACCUCCUGCCGCCGCUGCUGCUGCUGCUGGACCUUCCGCUGCUGCCGCUCACCCACGGCUGGUCCACUAAGGAGGAGGUGUUCCAGUGGUGGGGAGAAUGGUCCAGUUGGUCCUCUUGUUCCAGGAGCUGUGGAGGAGGAGUGAGGAGUCAGGAAAGACACUGUCUCAUACAGAGGUUGUCCACCUCGCAGAACAACAGCUCAUAUUGUGUUGGCUCUCCAAAACAAUACCAGCUCUGCCCAAACCAGCCAUGUCCCAGUCCCAGUGUUAGCUUCAAACAGCACCAGUGUUCCCAGUUUAACUCAAAAGCUUUUGGAAGAAGAUACCACCAGUGGGUUCCUCUUUACCCAGCCGAUUACAUCAGCAUCUCCAAUAAGCCAUGUGACCUGCAGUGCACAACCAUCAGCGGUGAGCGACAGCUCCUCGUUCCAGCCCACGAUGGCACGUUCUGCCGUGAUACGAAAUACCACGGCGUCUGCAUAGAAGGAAUUUGUCAGCCUGUAGGGUGUGAUGGUGAGCUCUACAGCAGUAAGACGGUGGACAGAUGUGGAGUGUGUGGAGGCAAUGGCGCAUCAUGCCAACGCAUCUCUGGAUCAUACAGGAAGGCACUCACACAGUUAGGCUACUACGUGUUCAUCACUAACAUCCCAACUGGAGCCACUGACAUUCAGAUCAUAGAGAGACACAAGACUGAGAACAUCCUGGCCCUGUCAGAUGAAGCCGGUCAUUUCUUCUUCAACGGAAACACGGUGUUUGACAACCCUCAGAACUUCCGCGUGGCAGGAACCGUGUUCAAGUACCGACGUCCGAGCAACAUCUUCUCUGACGGGCUGGAGUACAUCAUAGCACAGGGGCCGACGCUGCACGGCCUUAAUGUCAUGUACUACAACUUGAACGGGAAGCUCCCGCACAUCACCUACGAGUUCACCGUGCCCCUCCACUCUUAUGACAUCACUGCAGCAGAAGGCGUCACUACAAUUCCUGACCACUCUCACCUCAACUUCACGCAUAACGAGUUGAGUGAGGAGGGGAGACUGUCGAACCACAGUAGAGGGAGCCUCCAUCACUACAACGCUCACGAGGAAGAAGAAGACGAAGAAGAAGAGGAGGAGGAGGAAGAAGAAGGAGCUGUGUGGGAAAUCCGAACGCCCAGCCCCCCACCACCAGCGGCCAUGUUGGUGUACAGACCGGCAGACGUCACCGGUCACGUGUUCAGCCACAAUGACGUGGAAGAGCAGGGACCUCCUGCACCACCUGGUUACAGGAGUUCCUCUAAUUCCAUCGACGAGCCAUCAACUACUGAUGACAACACUCUGAUUCUCACUUUUCCAGGGAGUCAAAGUAUUCAUCCUGCAGUUCUGCCUGAAGAGGAUCCUUAUCUGCUGCUGGAGGAGCUCCAGUUCAACCAGACACACAGCAACAUACACUCCCUCACACAGUCCAACACGUACGGUGUGAAACGCACACUCACUGAGCUUCAUUCAGCAGCAGCAGCGGCAGCAGUGACACAUGCAGACACAGUGUCGUCCAUGGACGCUGUCACACACACUGGCGCGGUGGUGCAGCUGCAGCAGGUGUCUGCAGUGCAGGCAGCAAACACAGAGAGGUAUGACAUAUUUAAUAUUUCACUGUUUCCUCUUUGUUUCCUCUGUAGCAAUGACUUUGACGUGGGUCUGGACCCAGAUAUUAGUCUGGCUGACAUGUAUCGCUGGAAGGUUUCUGCUUACGCUCCGUGCAGCACCACCUGUACAACAGGUAUCACCACCAGCUACGCCCUGUGUGUCCGUUAUGAUGGCACUGAAGUGGACGACAGUUACUGUGACUCUCUGACCAAACCAGAGCCCACACACGAGUUCUGCACUGGAAAAGAAUGUCCUCCACGGUGGGAGACCAGUGGGUGGAGCGAUUGCUCUCGUACCUGCGGUGAGGGUGUCCAGUAUCGUACAGUGCGUUGCUGGAAGAUGCUGUCGCCGGGCCUCGACUCCUCCGUCUAUGAUUCCCUGUGUCUGUCACACGAUCUGCACAAACCGGCCAACAGAAAGGUCUGUCACGGACAGAGCUGUGGACCACAGUGGGAGGUGUCCGAGUGGUCGGAGUGCUCGGCCCGCUGCGGCUCUCGGGGUGUUCGGACUCGGGAGGUCCGCUGCUCCAUGGAGAUGAGGCUGUGCAACGAGACCCAUCAGCCAAUAGAGAGUCAGGAAUGUGAAGGUCCGCCCUGCGACAGAAGAUGGACAGUUUCUGACUGGGGACCUUGCUCAGGUGUGUGUGGCGAGGGAAGGAUGGUACGUGCAGUGACUUGUCGAUCGUCCGGUGGGGUAGUAAUGUCAGAGGAGCAGUGCGACCAGUCGCUGCGCCCUCUGGCCAUCUAUCCCUGUGGUGACAGAAACUGCGCCCCCCACUGGGUGGAACAGGAAUGGCAGCAGUGUAACGCCAGCUGUGGCCGCGGCGCACGACAGCGUCAGGUGGUUUGUGCCGGACUAGAAGGCGGGGUCUUCAAAGAGUUUCCAGACAGCAGCUGUGACCUCAACAACAAACCAGAGACGAGCUCCUCCUGCUUCCAGAGACCCUGCUCCAAGUGGUUCACCACAUCCUGGUCCCAGUGCAGUAAGACCUGUGGGAGCGGUGUCCAGGUCCGAGAAGUCAAGUGUUACCAGGGGGAGGAGCUUGUAGCCAGGGGCCUCAGCUGCGACUUGGCCCUGAAGCCCGAGGCUCGACAGAGCUGUGAGAUCCAGAGCUGUCCAACAGAAGCACCAGCUGUGGACGACUCCUGUCAAGACAAACCAACGGCCAACUGUGCUCUGGUCCUGAAGGUGAAGCUGUGCUCUCACUGGUACUACAGAAAGGCCUGCUGUCAGUCCUGUAAGGCGCCGCGGCCCUGAACCUGUCGCAAACCACAACCUUUUCCGCGCCAACCACUGGUACCGACGGUCACACGACAACGUUCUCUUAUUGGUGCUACACAAACACCUGCUGCUAGCAAAGGGAUUGGCCUUCUGACGUCAACAUUUACCUUUAUUACUGUUAGCCUGUCGCUGACGUCAAAGGUCCAUGCCGUGGUCACUGCCUUCUACGUGUCAGUGUUACUCCUUUACUCGUCCCCCCCCUCCUCACAACAACAGUUGAUCAUAAAUGUGAGUCUUUCUUUUUAACCCUUUUAUGACGAUCAUGAAAAAAAUUUUCAUCUGCCCUUUUUUUCCAAGAUAACUUUCACUUUCCAUAUCUGGCAGUUAUUCAACCGUUUAGGAAUUACAGUACUGAGAAGCUGAGGUCACAAACGUGUGACGUGCUGGUGAAUCUCGUCAAAUCUCUCAUGUGAUUGGGCGGUCGUUCCACAGAAGUCCUGAGGCUCUACUGUAAUGACAAGUAUAUGAGCGCAAAGCUCUAUUUCUCUGCUUUCCAAUAUUCAUUCAUCCAUCUUCUACCA